CGGUUAGGUACUUUUGUUCCCUGGAUUUCCUCCUCGCAACGAGUGCUGGACUUAAGUUGAGCCUUGGUGCCUCGAGUAAAUCCCCACCAUGUUCGUGGUCAAUAACAUAGUCUAUAACCUCGAUAUACAACUUCACAAAUUACAGCAGCGCAUCACGAAAAGCUCAAAUGCCGAGCUCCAGGAAACCGCCAGCGAUGUUAGCCGAAUCAAGGACAUAGAAACACUGGAGCGCAUCUCGGACUCGCUUUCUAUAGAAUCACGUUCACAGUCGGCUUUGCGCGCCAGUCGCAUUGCGCGGUUGAUCUCCGAGUGUCCACAGACUCGGGCAGUAUGUGGCCAGUCCUCAGGUCUUCCCUCGUCCAGUCCAGUCGUAACAGAUUUAUCUUGGAUUGUGGCCGCUAGGGCUGCUGUUCAAACAUUUGGAUUAGUCUUGGAGUCGCUUUCGGAGAACACCCUCGCCAUCACCGAUGAACUCACUUACUGGGACAGUCUUCUAGAAUCUCAAUGGUACAUGGGACUGUAUACUGCGCAGACAUUCCCUGUGUGGCUCUGGCACAAUCUUGGACAUCAAUCCUCUGCCUGGUCUUCCACCGGGAUAUGGAACCGAGCAAUUCGUACCUCAAAUGCAUGGAAUCAUUUUUACCACUCCGCCCGUCGGUGUGUAAUCUCUACGACAAUGUCUACUGUGCGAAAAGGAUUACUGCAUCCACUUCUUGCAUCCAAGUUGGAGGUACGCCAGAAACGGAAAAUGCUGCAUAUGGUGAAAGAUGUCAAUGCCAGUGCACUGGGAAUCCUGGUAGAACGGUGCCUUCAGAUUGACCUUGAUGACGAUCUCACGGGCAGCCAUGGUGACAGCUCUGUUAGUGAUGAAUGGUGCAGUAAGAUUAUUAACAGUGUGACUUUGUUGGGAUUAGUACUACAGCAUCUGGCCUCUGGUGGCACACUUCAUGAAUUCGAAAUGAAAACUACCACGGCCGCCGAGAAAGAGGGCUCGUUCCUUCACAUGCAUUCUAACGGAACCAUGUGUCCUAGAGGACCUCACUAUGUUAUUGAAAAACUCGAUCAAAUAAAUCGGACAUUGAUUCCACAGUACCUUGCGCUUACACAGAAAAGCACCAGUGGGCUUGGGCGACCUUCAUUCAUAGUGCGUUACUGGCUCCCAUUUUUACUUGCGACUUUGUCAACCAGUACAAUUCUCGAAAUAUUCAAGGCUCGACGCCGUGAACUUCUGGGGUGGAUCACAGAUAUCGGAUCCACAACAAUUGAGUUCUGGAACAACUGGGUCGUGGACCCACUGAAGCGACUCGUUGGUACAAUAAGACACGAUGAGAAGAGCGAAAUCGCGUUGAUGAGCAAGAAUAGUCUUGAAGCAGAUCGGGCUAGCUUGGAAAGAAUGGUGGUAGAUUUCGUCCUAGACCAUCGCGAGCCCAGCGAUGAGUCUCUCGCAUCCGCAGAUAUGAACAUGAUCAUGAACAAAGUCAGGGAAGGUGAUCUCACACCUGUGUUGAGGGCGUAUGAGAAGGAUUUACGAACUCCGUUCAUUGGGACUAUUCGAGGUGACUUAGUACGAGCCCUCCUGAUACAGAUACAAAAGACAAAGGUGGAUGUCGAGAUUGCUGUUGGGGGCAUCGAUGCUUUGCUGAGAAGCCAGGAGCUGGUAUUUGGUUUCGUUGGAUUGACCCCUGGUCUAUUGGUUUCGUAUGCCUCCGUUCAGUGGCUCUUCGGCUUGUUUGGCAGCAGGAAGGGCUUGCGCAUUGGUCGGCGGCAGCAUGAAUUAAGGCACGCACUGAGACAAGUUCACCGUACCCUAACUUUAUCGACUGUGACGGCCAGCGGAACCCUAGCCUUCAAAGACUACGGUCUGCUGAUAUGCAACACCGAGAUUUUACUUCAAAAAGCACGAGCUAUGCUUAGAGGCGCUGACAUCCAUGCCUUCCAGGAAGACAUUAAUGACAUCAUCGGCAAAACAAGCGCGGAAAAACAAAUUAAGGUUGUUGAGCGGAUGGGUUGGGUUUAUUCCCGAUGGCUGUAAGACUAUCUUCAGCGUGCCUUGCUAGCACACAGCCAUAGAAACCAAUGAUGACUCGACUGGACCAAUCUGCUAGGUACUGUACAUGGUACUCAAGUCAUCUCAUCUGCAUUGAGAAUGACAAUUGCAACACCUUAGUUAUUGUUGGGUUGUAUAGACUCUUAAGGUCUGACCGUCACCGGCCAGACCCAACGGGUAGACAGUAGCUGAGGAUGCCCUUUCUAAAACCAUACAUAUCAUGGAUGAAAUAGGCAGCGGAAGGGAGAGGAGGGACUGGCAAUUCUAGCUGGUUAUAAGUAAUAGUGACCGAC